AUGUCAAAAUCCGGGUCCACAUAUCUGUCGCAAGCUCUGAGCGCCGAAGAAGCGGUAGCCGCAGCAACUUCCCAAAAAGCGGCACUGGAAGCGGCUAUCAAUGCCGCGGAACAUUACAUGAAAGCACUGCGUCUGGCACCAGCCGACGAGAAGAAACAGCUCGACUCAAAAUGUAAAGAGCUGAUCAUCAAGGCCGAGAAGAUCAAGGGCUCUGCCGACUGGAAAUCUGCGGCUCAUGCGGGGCCCCAGAAGGCCCUCACUUUGCGUCCGCCUGCAUCUAGUCGGAAGCUCACCACCCGUGAAGAAAUUAUCAUUCUCGAGGGCGCUAAGCUUCAUGGUUUCAUUUUCCCACCAUGGACUCGGGCUCCGCGUCAUGAUGAAUUUGUUCCGGAAGGGUCACCGUUUACGGACGCACCUGACCUGCACCUCUCUGAAUGCCAGAAAGAUAUUUUCGCAGGAUGGAAAAGUCCACGUGAUCUGUUAGAGACGUCGAAAGCCACCAAUUCGGCGCAUGGUGGGAUAAUCCCAUCCAUGUCUGUCUCGGGAGAGACGGAUCUCGUUCAAGACGUUUUGACCGACUGCUCAGUGGUCGCAAGUCUUUGCGCCACAACAUCUCGAUCAGAAAGAGGUCUCGGACAGCAUGCGUCACCAACGAUGUACCCAUGCAAUGAGGAGAAGGUCCCCAUGCUGUCGCAAUGUGCGAAGUAUGUCUUUCGCUUCUACUUUAAUGGAUCAUUUCGAAAAGUCGUAAUAGAUGAUCGAUUGCCAUCCUCGAAGACUACACGGUCACUGCAUGUGGUCGACCGCAACAACCCAAGCUUUCUGUGGCCUGCUCUCGUGGAGAAAGCUUACCUCAAAGUCCGUGGGGGCUACGAUUUCCCGGGCAGCAACUCAGGCACCGACCUGUGGGUUCUUACGGGCUGGAUUCCUGAACAAAUGUUUUUACACCACGAUGAUUCUACCUCAGAUGAAGUCUGGGGGCGUUUGUAUAACGCCUUCCACCAUGGUGACGUAGUGUUGACCAUCGGCACAGGGAAGCUGACCGAGACGGAAGAGCAAGGCCUGGCUCUAGUGAGUGAGCACGACUAUGCUAUUUUGGACAUGAAGGAAUAUCAGGGCCGGCGCCAGUUCCUACUAAAGAAUCCUUGGGCUGGCGCAGAACCCAAUAUCCAAAGCGAUUACGCGGCUGAUUCAGAAUCCCCUUUGUCGCCCGGUAAAUUUUGGAUGGAUUGCGAACAUGUUCUUCUGAACUUCGAGAAUCUUUACCUCAACUGGAAUCCUGGAUUAUUCAAAUACCGCGAAGAUAUCCAUUUCACGUGGGAUUUGUCACAUGGUCGACUCAUUGCUGGCUGUUUCGUGAAGAACCCCCAGUUCUCCAUAUCCAGCAAGGCAGGAGGAACGGUAUGGCUGUUGCUUGGGAAGCAUUUUAAAACAGACGACCAGAAGCAGUUGAGCAUCGACCACCCGAAAAGUGAGCUUGGGUUCAUCAGCAUCUACAUUUUCCAAGCCGGCGGCAAAAGGGUAUCAUUGAGCGACGGCGCAUUACACCGCGGUCCCUAUGUUGACUCACCCAAUACACUCAUGAGGCUAGAGAUGGCCCCAAAUUCAACAUACACCGCAGUGGUCUCAGAGCAAUCUCUUCCAUCUGCUAGCCAGAACUUCACACUCUCGGCAUUCUCCACUGCCCCUGUGGCCGUGGCACCUUCCCUGGACAAGUACCUCUGUUUGACCAAAGCAGCAGGGUCCUGGACAUCGAUGACAGCCGGUGGGAAUGCCGAGUCACCUCGAUACCACUCCAAUCCACAGUUCAGUCUACAGAUAUCUGAAAGAACAGACGUCUCGAUUUUGCUCGAAACUACAGAAGCUGAACUGGCAACCCACGUGAAGCUCUUUUGGUCCAAUGGCCAACGCAUUUCACGCGUGCGCAGUCGAGACAUUAUCGCAGACAGCGGUGAUUACCGCCGUGGAUGCGCGUUGGCCGAGACAAAGUCCUUGGAAAAGGGAACUUAUACUAUCGUCAGCUCUACCUUCGCGCCUGACCAGCUCGGUCGCUUCACACUAUGGAUCUCAUCCACUAUCCCAUGUGUGGUUCAGCAAUUGGCCUCUGAGUCUGCGGGGCGGCGCGCUGUCCUGUCCGACGUCGGCAUACUCCCCCCAGGAAAAGAUAGGAUGCUGACCUCGCUCCGGGUAUCUCGUUUAACACGAAUUCGACUCAUUGCGCGAAACAAACGGUCCACAAUUGACUCCCGGGCUGUUGCCCCAUCCCCCGUGCUAAUGACCGUGGAAUUAGGCCAAGGACCCUACAAGGAGGUUCUGGCUACAUCCGAAGAAGGUCACCACAGUUAUACUGCCUCAGGAGUUCGGGUAGAGGAUUUUGAUCUGUAUCCUAGUGUGGAGGCCAAUGUUUGGAUUGUCAUCGAGCGCAUUGGGGGGCCAGGAGGACAAGUGGAAGAUCAUUUCGAAGUUGAGGCCUUGGCAGAGGAACAAGUACAGAUUGGAAAGUGGGCAAUUGCGGAUGAAUGA